AUGACGAUGAAAUACCGUCUGCUGUUCCCUCUGCAGGCGUCGCUGUCGAGCCGUCUGGAGAAGCUGUUUCAGGGCAGCUUCCCUCCGACCGCCGCGCCCUCGGUGGAGGACCACGUGGCGUCUCUGAGGAUCCUGCUGGGACCCGCGGAGGAAAAACCACAGCCAGGAUCCGAAGAGGAGGCCGAGUCCUCGCCAUGCAACAGGUCGGGACGUGGCGGCGUGUGGACGCAGCUUCGGGACAUCCACGAGGCGCUAGGCCUCAGGUACCAGUGGGGGGGCUCCUACUGCAACAAAGCACUACUCUGCUGCCUGGGCAUCGACACCCGGAACAUCCUGUUCACAGGACAGAAGAAGCAGCCGGUCAUCGUGCCCAUGUACGCCGCCAGCCUGGGGAUGCUGGAACCGACCAAAGAGCCCGUGAAGCCCGUCUCUGCAGCAGAGAUGAUCGCUUCGAUAGCACAGGCGCCUCCGGUGGCUCCAGAGAAAAGCUCCGGUCCCUCAGACUCAGUCCAGCAGGAGGCGCUCCCACCCGUCCAGUUUGACUGGAGCAGCAGUGGCCUUACCAACCCUCUGGAUGGUAGGUGACCCCCCCCCCU